AUGGCAUGUUUUGGGACAACUAAGUAUUGUCAUGCAUGGCUGAGAAAUGUGGCAUGCGUCAAUCCUGAUUGUCUCUAUUUGCACGAGGUUGGUUCUCAAGAGGACAAUUUCACUAAAGAUGAGAUCAUAUAUGCUCAUACACUGGGGUCACAUAUUGCAAACCAGCAGUCUUUAGCAACCUCGGUUAUCUCAAAUAGAUCUACUGAAAUACAAAGAACAACAUCCGUAAAUGGUACAUUGGCCUUUUCUGCUGUUGUUGCAAACGCAGCUCAUGGUCCUGUAUCCACUAAUGACGUUCUUAAAAGGCUAUCCAGUUCAACAGACUCUUCUUAUGAUGGCAGAGACCUUGCCAACCAUUCAGCUACUGUAAACUCAUUUGACGAUACAGAUGAGGCUGUAGAAGAAGACUUGUUUGCUGUUGUUUCACAAAUGGAGAUAACUACGAAUUUAAGAGAUGAACACCCUGAUAUUGAAAUGGCGAUUGGUAGUAAGUGUGAUCAAGGUUCUAUUAGACAGCCUGUUCAUGAAAUAUCAAAGUCACCACAUUUAGAGCAAUGUAGGGUGGAUAGCGCAAACACUGAUGAAAAAGCUACUCCAUCAGAGACUGAGGUUUCGUACACAAUGCUAGAGUGGGGUUGGAGAUCAGAUUUGCAAUCCCAGAGGCAACGAUCUAGUACUCUUAAACUUGGAAACCUCCUGAAGCAGCAUAACAGCCAGUCCAGAUUUUCUUUUGCUCGGUAUGAGGAACCUAGUAAUCAAGGAUUUGAAAGGGAGAACCGUAGCAUUUAUGGGCAGGUUUCAAGAGAUCAGCCUAUUCCGGAGUCUAUUGUGGUGAGCCGAGAUAUCUAUCGUGAUAAUCUCGGGAGUGUAAAUGGAUUUGCUUCAAACUACUCUGGUGGAUUGGAAAGCUUUACUACUAGUCUUUUACACUCCUCGUACAAGGCUCCAAUUUCACGUCCCCAAGUUUCUGCACCUCCAGGAUUUUCUGCUCCCAGCAAGUUGCCUCCUCAUGUCUUCUCUUCACAUGAAAGAGUGCGGCUAUCUUCUGAUAGUGCAACAAGUAUUUAUUUGUUUGACACUGCCUCCUUUAUGAGGAAUGCAUAUCAGUCAAUACCUCCAGUUGGUAACUCGACUGGCGUAAAUGAUAUUGAGUUUGCGGAUCCUGCAAUUCUAGCUGUUGGAAAAGGGAUGAUUAACAUAGACUUGGAUAUGAGAUCAGGUUUCUCAUCACAAAUAAAUUCCUUUGGGAACGAAACAGGGCUCCAAAUGUUGAGACAACAGUCUAUGUCUGCUGCACAACAAGUAAAUGGGUUUCAUCAUAAUCUCAGAAACUUGUCUCCGUCACCUACCGAUCCUUGCAUAUUUAGUUCAAGGCUAAUGGAUCAUCAGACACAAAGAAGUACUUUAUCUCAUUUCUCAAAGCUCCAAAGACAACAGCCGUCAGCAAAUCCAGUCUUGUCUAAUUGUCACUGGGAUAAGUGGAAUGAAGGCCAAAGUUUGAAGUCUCUAGGCAUAGCCGAGCUUCUUAGGAAUGAACGGCUGGGAUUCAAUGGGAGCCUAUACAGCAACGGAUAUGAAGAACCGAAAUUCCGGAUUCCAAGUCCUGGAGAUGCUUACAAUAGAACGUAUGGGAUGUAAUUCUGGCAUGAAGAGAGGUUUUCUUCUUGGUUGGAUUUUGCUCUGGUUGAUUCCAAAAGGCUAGAAGAAUCAUCUCAAAAACUGCUUGGGCCGCUGCGCAUGUUGAAGAUGCAUGCCCCAACAUAGAUUAACCAAGAGCAUUUCUGAACUUUGAAGGUACUCAAUCUUUUAUUUUAUAGUGAUAUUUUUGUUUAUUCCCUUGUUUAAAUUGUACUGAAGAUGUUUUCUCUUUCGCAGGAGCCGAAGACGCUGAUGUUUGGAUGUCUUGGAUAUGUUUGAUUGUGCAGAUUGGUUUGGAAAUUGUAGCCAAAUGUUUGAGAAAAUGAUUUGCAAUUUCUUGUUCAGAAUUGUAAAUCAGUUUAAGUUCUGAAACAGUAAAGCUUUCUGUUAAAAAAACAUUUUAUACAACAAAUUGUCAUAGCAGAACCCUA